AUGACAACCGUAACUGCCAUCACCCAACAGCCCGUAGAGGCGUUUAACACAGAACUCGGCGAAAAUGAACCUGCCGUGUUUGCAACCAGCUACCCAGAAGGAGGACGCGACGCAUGGCUAGUUGCCAUAGGCUCCUGGUGCUCAAUGACUGCUGCACUGGGCAUGGUCAACUCGGUGGGUGUCCUAGAGGCUUAUGUAUCAACCAAUAUCCUGACCUCGAGCUCGACUGACUCGACCGGUUGGAUUUUUGGAAUCUAUGUCUUCGUCUCGUAUUUCUGCGGCGUACAGGUUGGUCCGAUCUUUGAUGCUCGCGGACCACGCGAGUUGAUGCUUAUUGGGACUGUGUUUCUUUUGGUUGGCACCUUUACUCUAGGGCUUUGUACAGAAUAUUAUCAAUUUAUCUUGGCCUUUUCCAUCCUCAGCGGAAUUGGGAACUCAUUCUUGUUUACACCUGCCAUGGGCGCCAUAUCGCAUUGGUUUGACAAACGACGCGGCGAAGCAAGUGGUUUCGCUUUCACGGGCAGUGGCUUCGGCGGAGUCCUCUUUCCGCUGAUGAUUCAAUCACUACUCCCACGAGUAGGAUGGGCCUGGUCAACACGCAUCGUCGGCUUUGUCUUUUUACUCCUGUGCACCGUUGGCGUGGCCCUUUGUCGAAGCCGCCUGCCGCCCAAGAGAGGGGCCGCCGCUUCAUGGCGAGUUAUGAUGCCCGACCUCAGCAUUUUCUCCAAGGACGGAACCGGAGCUAUGGCCGUGACCACUGCUGGUGUCUUCCUUCUCGAAUGGGCCUACUUCGUCCCUCUGACGUMCCUGCCGAGCUAUUAUUUGACUCGACAGGGUCUUGCGGAUACAGCGGCCGUCACUGGAGCAGCAGCCUUUGCCUACCAGUUACUUGCUAUACUCAAUGCCGUGUCAUGCGUCGGCCGCUACCUUAUUGGACAUAUUGCCGAUAGAGCAGGCCGCUAUAACACUAUGAUUGUCUCCAAUCUAAUAUGUCUAAUCUCCGUAAUAUCUCUGUGGCUACCCGACGCACUGGCAGACUCGCCUCCGAGCAAGGCUUUAUUGAUCUGGUUCGUUGUGGUAUUUGGGUUCGCUAGUGGUUCCAAUGUCAGUUUGAUGCCAGUUUGUAUUGGACAGUUGUGUCCUAUCGAGGAUUAUGGCAAGUACUAUGCCAGUGCCUAUACCGUGGCUAGUGUAGGCUGUUUGACGGGUAUACCUAUUGCCGGAAAUCUUAUAACGGCUACUGAAGGAGGUCGACGGGGCUACUGGGGUCUCAUUCUGUUCACUGGUCUAAGCUACGUAGCGGCAUUUGCCUGUUUUCUUUGGGUGCGAGUUCGAGCAAAGGGCUGGAAUUUAAGAACAGUCUGGUAG